AUUUAAAACGUUUGUAUUAAUAUGCAUCAAGAUUAUAAUGAAUUCUAAUCAUGUACUGUUUACAUGAUUAAAAUAUUAUUAUUAAGCGGAAUUAAAUAUCAUAUUUCAAGGGUGAGAAACAUGUAAUCCUGUUUAUAUUAUGUUUUGUUUUUUAUUUAGUUCUGUGUUUGAUGGGAACUUAUUAUUUAAUUUUCAGUUAUUGAUGUGCAUUUAAAUAUAUGUAUGUGGGUUUUAACAUAAGUUUCACCUGUAUGGCAUGAUAUUGUACAAAUUUGUUUAUAGUUUAAAAUUAAGACUAUGUAUAUAGUUAAUUAUUCCAAGGUUAUAUAUUAAUAUAAAAAUACAGUUAAUUAUCCCAAGGCAUAUAUUUACAUACAAAUACUUAAUGUUACAGAUAUUUAAUAUCUUUUAAUCAAUAUCCCGGAUAUUAAUGUUUUAAAAAUUUAAGUAAAGCUUCCACUCCAUCUGCAAAGUAAUACUAGCAACAUUAAAUAAUCCAGUUAUUUAUUAUAAGCAGCUUUCAUAAAAUCUUAUUUUCUUGUCUAAGGAUGCUAUCAUUUAUGUUUAGGGUUCCGAGGGAUAUCGACGAUGGAUACCAAUGCAUUUGUUUUUACUCAAUGGCAUCUCAGUGCUAAUUGGCAAAAAUACUAGAUUUAGAGAAGCAAUUCCUCCUGGAGAAAGAUUAGCUGUCACUCUUCGAUUUUUGUCAACAGGAGAGACACAAAGCUCCUUAUUCUUCCAGUUCCGAGUAGCGCAAAAUACCAUCUCGGGCAUAAUUGUAGAAGUUUGCAAAGCUAUUGCAGCAUUUCUGCAGCCACUUUUUCCAAAAGUUCCAGACACUACAAAAGAGUGGUUGGAAAUAGAGAAAAACUUCUACAGAUUGUGGAAUUUCCCAAUGUGCGUCGGAGCGAUGGAUGGAAAGCAUGUCAAAAUUCGUCCACCACCCAAAUCUGGAUCAUUGUAUUAUAAUUACAAAGGGGAUUUCAGUAUUGUUUUACUAGCACUUGUAGAUGCAGAUCUGAAAUUCUUGUAUGUUGACAUCGGGACAAAUGGGAGGGUUAGUGAUGGUGGUAUUUGGGCAAAGAGUAUGCUAAAAAAGGCUAUUGAUGAUAUCUUAAAUAUUCCUGAGGCAGAUCUAUCACCUUACAGUACAGUUAAAGUACCAUAUGUAAUUGUUGCUGAUGGUGCAUUUCCUCUUUGUCCAAAUGUAAUGAAACCUUACCCUGGGCAAAAAUUAAAUCACCCUAAAAGAAUUUUUAAUUACCAUUUGUCAACAGCUAGAAGAGUAUCUGAAAAUGCCUUUGGUAUUCUGGCCGCAAGAUUUCAGUUGUACAAGUCGAACAUACUGUCUUCCCCUCAAAAUGCCAAACAUUUUGUAAUGGCUACUUGUUGUCUACACAAUUUUUUAAGAUCUACAUCUUCAGCUGUUUAUACUCCCAAGUACAGUAUAGAUGAAGAGGAUGUGGCACAGAAAUGUUUGAACCUUGGUGAUUGGCAUAAUGCGCAAAAUGCACUUGCUUCACUUCCAACAGUAAGCCACCAAGGAACUCAACAAGCCAAGUACAUACAAAACAUAUUUUGUGAGUAUUUUAAUACUGUUGGCUCAGUACCUUGGCAGAAUGAAAUGUGUUUAUUGCAUUAAUUAUUACUUUUAAAUUGUAUAUUUUUACUA